GUGACAUCGAUAUUCUCCUGGUGCCUCGUCCUCAUUGCGUCUGUAUGGCCUAACUUAUCUCUCAUUACUCUACAGAGGCGUGCGCAAACCUAGUCCGCUGAACGCCGUUCAAUCGCGCUAAUCGCUCCGGUCCAACCAACGAGGCAUAAAAACGUGCACCCUAUCGAUCAUCCAACACUCACGUUGAUCGUCAAACUCCAAGUCAAUCUGGAGCUCAGUUGCUACUAGGCAGAGAGGUGAUGCCGACCCUCACAAACCUCGCAAUUGGACCAAAUGGUCAAGCAAAUGAUAGUGAUGACCAAGACUCACUGUUCGGCUCUCCUCCCUCAUCUCCAGUCACAGGUAGGCCCGCCGAUGCAUCCGGGUCAGUCACCCUAGGUGACCCCGGAGAGUCGCUCUCAACAACGUUAGACGUCCUCAUGAGCCCGAGACAAAAUUUUCGCCUCAAGUGCAAAACCGUGGCACCUCUCAUCAAGGUAGUAUUGGCUUAGGUGCAGUGACGAUAUCGAAUGAAGUCCCUCGAGCAUCCAGCACUCCGGUGCGGACCGUCUGGUCAUCUUCCGCCGUUGGCCCCCCAGGCUCUUACUAUCGCCGGGACUACAACUACCAGGAGCCCCCGGGUACAGUUUUGGGCCCCCCUUCUGAGUCGGUUUUCAGCGUCUUAGAUGCUGGGGCCUCCACUGAUGGUGAAUCCUCCCAAUGCAAGUCGAAGACAGGCGGCGUCCGGAGAAAAGCAAAGUUUACCGCUCGUUCAACCCCGCAGCCUUCCCUGCCGAUCGAAAACUUGGAGCCGGGAGCAACACCCCCUCCAAACUUUCUACGGAACCAACAAGCGCUUCUAGGCCAUGCAGGGAUUGUGAGCGGCAUCAGGGGCCCUUCUCUUUAUCCAAUAAGGCAGAAGCGUAAUCAGGCGCCUCGGAAUACAGGGAGGAGAAAGGCAGUUAGAGGGGGUACCUCCACCAAUCCUAUCGUGAUUGAGGAUGUUGAGGAAACGCGGCCACGAACCACAGCUCAGUCCACAGCGCAGGCCACAUCUCAAGUCACAUCACGAUCUGAGUCCACACCCGCAUUCCAACCUCAGGUAUAUCAAAAAACGGUUACGAAGGGCAAAGGCAAGGAGAUAGCACACCCUGCAAGUGGCGGUCUCACCAGCGAAGAUGUAGUAGCCUCUCUCAUCAAGGAGAAAAACAUAUUUCCUGUUUUGCAGAGCUUAGUCCAGCUACUAGGCGGAGAUGCUCUCGCAGACGAGCCAAGAGACUCUCCCACUCCUCGUUCCACUCCUACUCCCCUACCCUCGAUUGCUUCGAUUGAGCCUCGGCCGGUGCCAUCCUCUCGACCAUCCAGUGCUUACCGAAAAUCGUCCCAAUCUUCAGGACGUCAGUCCUCUGAGGAUCCCUCCGAAUCGCGGCCUUCCAAGCGUCGCAAAAUGAUUCGUGUUCCAGCCGGAGCAGCAGAUUGGGAUAUUCCUUAUCCCUUUCCUGAGGGCGAAGGCCCGGAGACUUACAGGGAGGAUUGGGAGAAGAAGCGGGCGGUAAAGCUUGUAGGCGAACUUGUGAAGCUGAUACAGGGUGCUACCGAGCGUGCAGCGACGAAGAAGAUGGCCCAGGUGGAGAAGGGGACGAAAAGUAGACGGAGUCAACCCGCCAGCAGUACGAGAAGCAACUCGCACCGACCCGAAACACAAGCUGAAACUCCUAACCAAGAUGCUUUCUGUAACGACAUAGUGGGCGCUAAUGUGAAUGACAUCAACAUGAUCUCCUCGAACCCUUUGUCUUUGUCUUCAGGACCAACUCCAGAUCCUCAUCUCGAUAAGAUGUUGCAAUCUUUUCUGACUGCCAUGCCCCAGCCCACAAAUCAACCGAUGGUUUCAUCAUCUGAUGCAUGCUCUUCAAGCUUGGGUAGUUCAUCGCGAGCGACUAAUGCCUUCCCAGAGUUCGAUCAAACAGAGUUGGAGGCGUGGCUGUCACAACUGGGCACGUUACCUUUGGCUGGCGCUGAUAACUACGGUAUUGGCCAUAUUGCAACAGACAACUCGCAGGCCGACGGAUCGACGGAUGGAGUCCCUAUGGAUGUUGAUAUGGACGAGCAAACUCAGCUGGCUGAGCAGCAGGAUAUGAGCUCGUCGGUGCUAGACUCAGCCAUGUCAAUAUUGAAUAAUUCGGAGCCUCCUCCGAUGGACAUGUCCCAAAACUUUCAUCUUCCCCACUUUGACGCGGACGUUCCAGAUACCGCGAUUGAUCCCGCUUUGCUUGCUCUGUCGUUGCCCUCAGGUUCUUGGAACCCUACUUCUUUUCAGCCACUACUCGAACAGCAUUUAUGGCCUUUCAAUGUGCAUGUAACCUCCAGUUCUGGGGGUCCUCCAUCCGAUGCUCAGGUUCCUUCGGUACCCUCUCUUGUCCAUUCGCCCAUCUCUUCGGCAGGCUCCUUCCCUGAAACACUUACGCCCCGCUUAUCAACGGAACCUGAGCCAAAUGUUCAUAUUCUCGGUCAAGAUAAAGUUGGCAUUGGGGAGACUCAGGGGUAUACGGGAGAACGUCUGGAGACUGAGGCCUUUACGUCGGCACCUACCCAGGAGCCUAGCGCGAAGAAGAAGGGCAAGCAGCCUGUGAAAGGCAAGCCUCCGAAAGCGAAGGCUUCGCAGAACCUUCUCCUAAAAGCAGCAACGACUUCACAAUCGCAGUAUUACUCUCCUGAUAAGCGUCAAGAGAUUUUCCAACGUGCAUGGGACAGAAGGGACGAGCUCAAGGCGAAGAUCGAACGUGCUAAGAUUGAACUAUGGGAAGUGAGCUUGGAAGGCGGGGUGCUUGGCGUGCUGGGAAAGUCCAAGUGAGCGUUUGUCGGUCCUUAGCAAGAAUGUGCAUUUAUACCAUCGAACAAGUAGUAAUUCAUAUCCGCAUAAUUUGUCGCUUACAUUCACAAAUAUUCAAACAUUGACC